CUCCGGCAUGCGUCUGAUAUAUCUUACGAUUUGCUUUCCCUUGUGCUCUUGGUUUACGGAGUUUGAUUUUCAUUUUACGCUUUGUGUGGAUUUUUUAUUAUACGUUUUGUGUGGAUAAAACAUGACUUUGGAAGAAAUGCACGGACUUGAUAACGCCAUUGAAAGUACUAACUCUGACAGGAUGCAGUGCGCUGGAAAAGCUCUGGAGGAGUUGUUGGUGUCUGCUCAGAGUCAAGAAUGUGUAACCGUUGGAGUGUACGAAUCUGCUAAACUCAUGAAUGCGGAUCCAGACAGCGUGGCUUUUUGUGUGCUGGCUGCAGAUGAAGAUGAUGAAGGAGAUAUUGCUCUGCAAAUUCACUUUACGUUGAUUCAGGCUUUUUGCUGUGAAAAUGAUAUUGACAUUGUGCGCUUGAAUGAUAUUAAACCUUUAGCAGAUAUCUUGGGCAAUACUGAAGAGGCGGAGGAACCAAAAGACUUGCACUGCAUUCUUAUCACGAAUCCCAACCAAAAUGCAUGGAAAGACGCAGCUUUGGAGAAACUUCACGUUUUCUGUGAAGAGAGUCGUGCCAGCAAUGAAUGGGUGCCAAGCAUAACUCUUCCCGAGCGUUGAACUUCAUGGGAUGUUACUUUUGCAUUAUCAUGCGGCAAAGGAUGAAUCGAUCGGUUCCCGGACCGUGGAUGGGACCAUUGGAACAGUUUGCAGUCAACUUGGGACUGGCGUACUGUAAACUGACAAACCGUGGAUGAACGAGCCUACAGAGGGGAUUGUUCAUGCCGGAGUUUCCCAUUGUCUAUGGAAACUACUACGUGGAGGAAAAGGAAGCAGAGCAAUGUGGUUUGGUUGCAUGCUUUGUGGCAAGUCCGAGAUGGAGCUACAAGAGUGGAAGACUGGACUGGACUUUUUGAGGGACUUUCUGAAUGGUGAACUGAACUGUCAGCCCAUGGCUGAAGUAAAGACUGUCGUUUAGUAAAACGAAUCUGAAUCAUUGACUUUAACAAAAGGAAACCUUUUUAAUUUCAAGCAUAUGUCUACAUUUUAGUUUGAAUUUUCUAAUUCAGCAAAGUUGUAACACCAAUAAAGUGGCUGGAAGAUA